UACAAAAAAUAAACAAAGAACAGGAAAAUCUAAACGAAGAUUAAGAACACCUGAAAAUGAAGAUCCAGAACCAUAUGUACCACCAGGAAUGAUUUUAGAUAUGCUUGUUACUUGGGAUCCAAUACAAAAAAAAUAUAUACCAAUUUUAAAUAGAAAUGGUAAAAUUACAAAUCAGUAUAAAAAUGGAAUUUAUAUACAACAUUUAUAUGGACGACAUUUCAGACCAAGAUAUGAACCAGUACAUAAAGUUGGAGAACAAUUUUUAAAUUAA